AUGUCCAUUUCCCAGGAGACUUCCCAGCAUGCCUUCCCCUGGGAUCUCGGCGUUUACGACGCGCACUGCCAUCCGACCGAUACAAUGGCCUCGGUCGCCAGCAUCCCCUCCAUGAAGGCGGCGGCCCUCACGAUCAUGGCCACGCGCGGCGAGGAUCAGGAGCUUGUGCAGCAGACGGCGGAGUCCCUCAAUGUCCACCAGAAGGUGGCACAGGAAGAUAAAAUUGUGCCGUGUUUUGGCUGGCAUCCGUGGUUUUCACAUCAGAUCCUGGAUGAUACGGAACCAGACAGCACGCAACAAAAAGAUGCGCACUACACAGCCGUCCUAACACCCUCGCCAGCCGACGAUCCUGAGUUUCUUGAACACCUGCCACAACCAAAGCUGUUAUCCACAUAUAUAGCGGAGACACGGAACCGAUUGAAGCGGUUUCCGAACGCCCUCGUCGGCGAGGUGGGCUUGGACAAGUCAUUCCGAUUGCCCGGUGCCUGGUCACAACAGGACCUCGAUAAUCGCGAUGAGGAGCUUACGCCAGGAUCGCGCGAAGGGCGGCGUCUUUCUCCGUACAAGGUGAAGCUAGAUCAUCAACGAGUAGUAUUGAAAGCACAGCUGCGACUAGCGGGGGAAAUGCAGCGCGCCGUCUCAGUGCAUAGCGUACAAGCUCAUGGGGCAGUCUUUGAUGUGCUGAAGGAGCUGUGGAAAGGGCAUGAGCGGGCACUCUCCGAUGAUGAGGAGGAAAAGCAGAACCAUCAAAACAAGGGCCGACCGCAAGAUAAUCAACAGCCACUUUCAUUCCCUCCGCGCAUCUGUAUGCACUCCUACACUGGACCUGUCGAACAAAUUCGGCAAUUCCUGCAGAAGUCGAAUCCAUCGGAUGUCUACUUCUCUUUCUCAGCAGUCAUUAACUUCAGCGGUGCACCGGCGCGGAAGGUCUCCGAUGUGAUUAAGGCGCUACCCGCAGAGCGCAUCUUGAUCGAAAGUGACAUCCAUGUCGCUGGGCUAGAGAUGGAUAAGCUGCUCGACGAUGUGGCGCGGCAAAUCUGCGAGGUGCGCGGAUGGGAGCUGCGGGAAGGCGUCCGACAACUCGCGGAGAACUGGAGGCGUUUCGUCUUCGGUUGA